GUGUAUUCGCAGAUAUACUACAUACACGGGCUUGUGUUGAUGAAUCGCCGGACUGAAAAUAGCCAUCCGUCUUCGUUCAAUCGCGCCAGUGCUUUCGUCUCCAGGGCUCUGCAGCAGCUGGACUGUCCGCCCGGAACAGCCUCAUCCCCUUUCCCUUCAUAGUUCGCUUCACCAUGCCAUCCAAACAGCACGGCCGCCAGUACGACCUGGUGGUAUUUGGCGCCUCCGGCUACACGGGGAAGUACACGGCCCAGUACAUCACCACCCACCUGCCCACCGACCUCAAGUGGGCCGUAGCAGGGCGCUCGCAGUCCAAGCUGGAGGACCUGGUUGCUCAGUGCAAGGAGCUCAACCCGGACCGUGUCCAGCCCGGGAUUGAGAUCUGCAGUCUGACCGACGCGGACCUGGCUGCCCUCGCCAAGAAGACCUUCGUCCUCAUCACCACCGUCGGGCCCUACGGCAAGCUGGGCGAGCAUGCCUUCAAGGCCUGCGCCGAGAAUGGCACGCACUACCUCGACGUGACGGGCGAGGUGCCCUUCGUCGCCAAGAUGCUCAACAAGUACGAAGGCACGGCGAAACAGACCGGCGCCCUCAUGUUCCCGCAGAUCGGCAUCGAGUCGGCGCCGGCCGACCUCGUCACCUGGUCCCUCGCCACCUUCAUCCGCUCCGAGUUCUCGUCGCCCAUCCGCGACGUGACCGUGUCCAUCCAUAACCUGAACAACAGCAACGUCCAACAACGCACUAAACCGCCCUCUUCCACCUCCUCUGCAGAUCCGCCCCGUCAGGCGGCACCCUCGCCACAGCCCUGACCAUCCUCGACAACUUCUCCCUGACCGAGUUCCGCGCCGCCUACCAACCCUUCGCGCUCUCCCCGACGCCACCGCCGCAGGCACAACCCCCCUCCCCAUCCCUCCUCACCCGCCUCACGGGCCUCGUAACCGUGCCCUCGCUCGGGCU